GAUACCCCGAAAGGCGUGCUAGGGAGUCACUUGUCCAACGGCGGCGCGCGCAGUCCUGUCUUGGCAAAUCUCUCCUCGUUCUUUAGCGUGUCGUGUGACUGGUAGUACUGUAACGCAUGUGGGUGGUAUGGUGAUCUGAAAGACAGUGCGAUCAGACAAUGGGAAUAUGCAUGAAAUAAUACAUAGUAAAAAAAAAACAAAAACAAAAACAAACAUGUUAGAAAGGUAAAACGAAAGCGGUAAAGAUUGGGAAUGUGAUGCCAUUCACUGAAUGUGUUUUUGGCUAUUGCCAAGAUAUAGAAAACUGACAAUGAGAAGUAUGAGCCUAAAUGUUUUAUGAUUCACUGCGGAGAUGGCGCUGACCAGACUAAGCACGGGGAUCCAGCAGGAGGACCACAAUACCUUUAGAUUGUACAAAGCCCAUCGAGGACCGGCGCGAUGCGUCAUGCUCGCCAUCCUCAACUGGGGGUGCCAAAAGGCUCCAGAAAUAACGUAUGAGGAGUAUCUGCUCCAGAAUCUCGGCUAUACCAACAAAAAAUACAAGACCAUUUUCGAUGGUGCGCAGAGAGAGAAGCUCAAAUACCACAGCUGCGGCGAUGAGUUAGACAUCAGCCUCUUGUACAAGCUGAUACAGUAUACUUGCGCCGGUGUCGCGCCAGCCUCCGAUAGCGUGUGGACAUCUGAAGACUUUUCACGCCUCGAGUUCCUCGUGAAUUACAUUAAAAACUCCCGUAAUAACUUGGCUCACAACGACCACGAAAUCAGCAAUUCCGAGAUAGUUAGAAGAUUGGAGAAACUGAGAGACGUUCUGGUCACUACCCUAAAGGCUGGCAGGGACUUGUACUGCAUCCAGCACUCAGAAGUGGACGCUCUGAUCGAGCAGGUCAGCGAGGCGAUCACAGCUAUCAGAGAGCAUCCGUUUGCUCAGACGGACGUCCUCCGGUACCAAAAUGAUUUGCUCUUUGAGGACCUCAGGGAAAUCAUGUCGACUGACGGAGCUAAGGAAGUUGCAAAAAUCUUCAGCAGGAAUAAUCUUCUAAACUUGAAUCCAGUCUCCUUCAUCAGUGGAGGCGACUGCCAUCUGAAAGUCGACAGAGUGUUCAUCGACAUACAAAUGUAUUCAAUCGAAUCUGGAGUGCGAAAAGCUAUAGACUACAGAGAUAUAUUGGUGUACAGUCAUGAAACAAAUAAUCAUCUAGAUAACCAUAGCAUUAAUUCUAGUCAACAAAGCAUACAGGAAAAACCUGUAGUACACCUUGUGGAAGGUGAUCCAGGCUCCGGAAAGACCACUCUGCUGAAGUUUAUAAUGUCAGACUGGAAGAAACAGACAAAUGUCAUUAGGGAACUGUCAGAUUAUCACCUCGUGUUAUACUUCGAAUGCCACAAUCCUUACAAAGAUUCUCUAGCCGAUUUCCUGGUCUCUCAGAUGCCCUUAACGUCGACUCGAUUUCACAAGUCGGAUUUGGUUCGGUGUUUGCUGGGUCUCAAAGUCCUCCUUCUGAUCGACGGUUUAGACGAACUGAACAGCGCAUCUAAACGAUUUUUUAAAGAAAUCCUUCAUUUAAAAAAAAAUUCAGAUAUAUCAGUGCUUUGUACGACUCGAUCAGAAAAGCUUAAAGAAAUAUCGAGAAUGAUUCCGAAUGAUUUAACGAUAAAUUACUUCAAGUUACUUGGCAUCCCCAGUGACAAAAGAGGUAAAUUCGUAGAGCUUUACCACGAGGAGCUUAAGAGGCGAGGGAUGAGUGCAGGGAAUACGAACAGCAUUGUGCAGUAUGUUGAAAAUGCUUCACUUCAGUUGAAUGAGUUCUUCGUCUAUCCACUGAACCUGGUACUACUUACUUACCUUUGGGUAACUAGACCCGAAUCUAUCAACGCUGUAACGAGUGUAACGGUGCUGUAUGCUGAAGUACAUUCUCUGAUGGUGGAGAAACUACACAGGCGGCUACUAGAUGACCCGGACAUUGACUACAUCCCAAGUGAAGAAAUCAGAGGCAAAUGCGAGCAGUUUCUCGAUGUCCUGUACCAAUGCUCUUUCGCUACCUUGAGUUACAAUAUGAUAUAUCUAGACCAAGAGCAUGUGAAUAGGCUGCUUCAGGUAUGUAGCGAAACUGGGCUUGCUAUUAAGCAUAUGAUGUCCUCUUUUCUGGUGGUUGAGUUGACUUCGUCGGGGGAGCAAUACGUGGAAAGGCACAGAUUUCCUCAUAAGGGCAUACAAGAAUUCUAUGGAGCGCAAUACAUUCUGUCGAUCAUCAGCAACGAGAAUUUGGCGAAGAACAGAACACACGUUUUGGAGGCUCUAGAAGAAUGUCUUCGCAAAUUUCACAUAUCGUCUUAUGAAAGACAAGAAAUCGCAUCAUGGGCCUCCGAACUGAGCGAGCGGAAAAGAAUAAGCACGCUGCUUGGAAAAACAUGCCCAGUAAGAUUCCAGGAGAAAGGGAAGUACACCAACCUCCUGCAACACCUAGUCGGCCUCUUGCGCUACCAGAGUUCCUGUUUGCUCUUCCAUUAUACCGAAGAGAUCGUUGAGCUUUUAAACGACUCCGGAGACUUAUCAUUCGAUCAAUGGACCGACCUCCUUAAAAAGACUGAUUACGACGCUCUAGUGGCAAAGGAAGUGGCCAAAUUCGUGUGCCAGAUUUCAUGGACGGUUCGCGACGACCAGGAACGGGCAGCGGCCGCUCUCAUCGUUCACCGGUGCCCGCGAGUGCUCUCCAUUGAGCUCUUCAAGGAACCGAUAAACCUGCCUUAUCUGGCCGAUCUCCUGGGCUCCGGUUUCGCCAAAGGCUGCGAGAUUCGCUUGCACCUGCACAGCCACUGGCGGGACACAAGGGGCGCGUCCUCGGAUGGUAUUCUGCGCUCAUUACAGCGGCCUUCCUUGAACGAGUCUCAAGAAUGGGAAUAUUACCAUGAACCCACGUGGAAGAGGAGCCUCACUCGCUUCACGGGGCGCGCCACAAGCCCUGCGGUUCUGGCGCGGCUUGUGGACUCUAUCGAAGGACUCCGCGUGGCCAUUCGGAGCGAUGACGAAGCCCUAGACUGGAGCGUCAGCAUUAGUUCCUGUGACGUGUUCGUUCGCCUGAAGUGGAUUGGAAUACACGUGGCGGCCGCGGGCGUGGACCCAGCCCUCCUCUGGCCCCUGCCGCCCCUCGAACGGCGCCCUCACCUCUACCUCUCGGGCGUGAGCGACGGCCAAGUGGAGUGGGCGUCCCUGGUCGCAAAGGCGCUGCAGCCAAGGACGACAGAGUACGGGAUUAUUAGCUUUCCAGAGAGCAGUUUCACCUCAAAGGGUAUGGAAGCCCUGGCCAAGAGGUUUUCCGAGGAGAAUGUCAAAGUCAGAGAAGUGUUGGUGACCUGUGACCUGGAGGGAGAAGUAACUGACUCCUUUUCUACUCAAGUGGGAUGUCAGGUCGUGCAGUGCCACGGAACCGAAAUUUGGACCAAGGAGCCAGCACCUACUCCCACGCCCGAAUACGAGGAUUACUACAUCCUGUUCAACGCAGGAGGAAGCGAGGCGUUCCAGGGAAGGGGGCUGGCUGGAAACGGCCAGAAAUCAGAGACUGCGGCAGAGACUGAGAGGGAGUUGUACCCGUAUGAGAAUUUCUUGCAGACAGAUGGCGCCAGAGGAAAUGACAGCGAGGAUAUUUAUGAGACCAUUUCAUACGAUCAUGUGUCAUUGCCCUUUGCGUCACGUAAAACUAACUAUAUACCACUCAUACCACCAAGGGCAACCAAACAACCACUAUCGAUACCGACAAGACCAGGAGAAGCAUUGCCGUCCAAAUAUCAUAAUUCAUCGGCAAAUUCACACCCAAGACCACCGAUGCCAAUACCAACCGAAUUACAGACAGAUUUUUUAGGAUCUUUGCCACCAAAGCCAACAUUACGCUUUCCACCAAACAAGCCAUCGAAACCCUCGAUCAAAACCCGGUGGGUGAAGACGCCAAGACCACCAGUACCAUUACCAUCAAAACCAAAGGAAACGCAAGCACCGAAGUCCAGAAGGAAGCCCCCUCACAGCACCACGAAGGCGCCAAACCCUCCCAGGUCGCAAGCACCAGUGGCGCCGCAACCAGUUAUGUGGCCAGCGCCGGUAUAUCCGUGGUCAUCAGCACAGACUCCACACACACUUCAGCUUCCUUUAUGCACGUGGCCGCCGGUGUUUGAUCUGCAGUGGACUUCGUGGGGGAUGCCUGUACAAAGACUAGUGCCCAUGGCACCUUUGUUACAACCGUGCGUCAGCUGGGGCAUGCAGUGGGCACCGCCGGGAGGCUCGCCAUCCACAGUUACGGGGCCAGUCUUGCAGCUUCAUGGUGUGCAGAUUUCGCCACCGCCAUCCGCGUCGAAUGGCUUGGGUGAUCAUUCAGAUCAGAAUGACGAAGAAACAUUAUAUGAACAUUUAGAUGACUGAAUCAGUGUAGUUUCACCAUCAAGCUGUGCUGUCUAUUCUCCUCCUGUGUUUUCCAAUGAGAGAUUGUGUAGUUCAGCACAACUUUGUAUAUUGGUAAAAUAAUUCAUAGCCGGUAGAGAUUCAACUGGGCCAAUCAAACCCGGGAGUUCAACUGAGUAAAUAAUUUUCGCUGACUUUGCAUGUAGCUCUCGAAUCUAUAUUUGGUCUUGAUUGAUUGAGGUACAGAGCCUAGUGUUGUGUUCCUUUUAUUCCUGGAACCUGGAGAGUACGUUAUUUCAUUACAUAAAUAAGAGAAUACCAAACUAUCAAGCGAAUAUUAAACAUAAUGAAAGUACCGUAAGAUUUGUCCUUUAUGUGGACUGGGCGCCCGAAACGUUCCUCUGAAUAGCUCCAGUACUCCAGAAAUCUCUAGAUCGUGGAGGAAGUGCAUUUUAGUGCAGCUUCUCAGAUAUGAAAUUUUAAAAUAUCCAUUUCUUUGUUAUUCUUAUUUUUAUUUCACCUAAUAUAGGGUACUCACCGACGAACAAUAUGGUGACUAUAACAAAGUCAUUCUAAACAUAAUCCAAGACAAAGUUCUUAUUCUUCUUUUAUUCAUCUGCUACACUCAUGCCACGUGGUACGGUCUUGAACACUCUUGCUGCUUAUGUUGAAGAGACCGAUCUCUGCAUUUAUCCCGUCUCGAGAUGAACAGAUAUCUAGCUAAUAUAUUAAGCCACAAAUGAAACUCAACGUAUGGUUAUUAGGAGUUCAUUUAAUUAUAUGUCCUGUACAGCUGGGAUCUCGUAAAAUGCUAUUAGGUAAAAUGGUUAUUUGGUUAUUUCAUUUGGUAAUUUAUUUCGUCUUGUUUAUACUAUAAAUACAAGCAAACUUGUUACCAGAAUUCUUGCUCCGGAUCUACAGUGGAAAUCUCCGUCAGUGAUGAUUAUUGUGCAUGUUAUAAAGUCUAUAUUGGCGUGAAA